AUCAAGAUAAUCACUUCAACAUUUGCUUUAAAAAUGCAUGAAACACGUGAGAGAGAAAGGAACAACACUGAAAUCUCAACAAGAAAAUGUGAUGAAAAUAAUGUCAUGGAAUUACAAGUUCAUGAUUCAUCAUUGGAUUUCAAAGGAAAGCUUCCUCUCCGAGCUUCCACUGGCUCAUGGAAAGCUUCCUCCAUCAUCUUAGCAAUGGGAUUCAGUGAGAUAAUGUGUUACUUUGGAAUGGCAGCAAAUAUGAUAACAUAUAUGACAAAAGUGAUGAACCAAGACCUAAAAACAGCAGCCAACAGUGUAAAUUUAUGGAUUGGAGUCACUACAAUGAUGCCUCUUCUUGGCGGGUUUCUUGCUGAUGCUUACACUGGUCGCUAUAUUAUGAUUAUCUUCUCCGCUAUCCUCUAUACCAUGAGUUUAGCCAUGUUCACAAUGGCACAAUACAUUCCAAGUCUAAAACCAUGUGGCACAACCUCAAAUACAUGCCAACAUGUUAGCAACAUCCACAAGGCGGUAUUCUUCGCAGCGGCGUACCUCAUGGCCGUAGCAACCGGGGGUUACAAGCCAUGCUUAGAGAGUUUUGGGGCGGACCAAUUCGACGACAACCAUCCGAAAGAACGGAAGCAAAAGAUGUCCUUUUUCAACUGGUGGAACGUAGGUGUUUCAUGUGGCCUAUUUGUAGGAGUGACUUUGAUUGUGUACGUGCAAGAAAAUGUAAGUUGGGGCAUUUGCUUUAUACUAUUAACCACAAUUAUGGGAGUUACUGUCUUGGUUUUAUUACUUGGAAGACCAUUUUAUCGUUACAAGAUUGCUCUUGGUAGCCCAUUGACCCCGUUGUUACAAGUAUUGGUUGCUGCUUUUGCUAAGAGAAAUUUACCUUGUCCUUCUGAUCACUCCUUGUUGUAUGAGGUUCCUAAUUCAGAGAAGCUCCAACGUCGCCUUUUGGGUCAUACUAAUAGACUAAGAUUUCUUGACAAAGCUGCGAUAAUCGAAAAUCAUGAACUCAACGGAGUAGCCGAGAAGAAAGAAUUGAGUCCAUGGAGGCUAUCAAGCGUAACACAAGUUGAAGAAUUGAAGCUAAUAAUAGUCAUGUUACCCAUUUGGCUAAUUACCUUAGUCUUUGGCAUAGGCAAUGCGCAAGGCACCACAUUCUUCAUAAAGCAAGGAUAUGCAAUGAAUAGGAAAGUUAUCAAACACUUUGAAAUACCAGCUGCAUCAAUGGGCAUUUUAUCUGCCUUAGGUAUGACUGCUUCAAUAACAUUGUAUGACAAACUACUCCUCCCAUACUUGAGACGCGUUCGAGGCAACGAACGAGGCAUAAGUAUCCUCACAAGAAUAGGCAUUGGCAUGUUCAUAUUGAUCAUAUCCAUGGUCAUCUCUGCUUUGGUAGAGAGGAAAAGGUUAAAUGCAUCAUCACAAGGGAAAAUUAUGCACAUUUUUUGGCUUGUGCCUCAAAUUUUUAUCAUGGGUAUAGGUGAUGGAUUUUCCUUAGUGGGUUUACAAGAGUAUUUUUAUGAACAAGUUCCUGACUUAAUGAGAAGUUUAGGUAUGGCCUUUUACCUUAGUGUUAUUGGUGUUGGAAGUUUUCUUACUAGCUUAUUGAUUAUUGUUGUGGACUAUGUGACUGGGAUGAAUAAUGGGAAGAGAUGGAUAGGUCCAGACGUGAAUCAUAGUCGUCUUGAGUAUUUUUAUUGGCUCUUGGUGGUCAUUUUUGUUUUGAAUUUGUGUGUUUUUAUGAUGUUGGCUAAGAAUUAUAGGUACAAGAAUGUAGAAAGUAGUGUUACUAAUGGUGAUUUUUGUGAUGGUGAGGAAAAAGUGGGUUUUUCUAAUUUGUAAAUAAAUUUGUAAACCAUUGUUUGCUAAGAGCAUAAGACAAUGUUUAUCUGUAUUGAUUGUUGCUAAAUUUGUAGCUAUCUAAAUAAAGUUGUAACAGGGGACUUUAUAUUUUUUUUGUCUCACAAUCACAAUGUGUGAAUCCCUUGUGGGUUGUGUGUUUAUGCUUAAUUUUAUACUAAAAAUGUACGAAUAAUAAUGCAAUAGAAUAACUUUGUACAACCUACAUGAAUUACAAUAUUUUUCCAUAAUAUAUUUAAAAGGUCUUAUAUUAAUUUA